CUGACUCAUCCGCCUCCGCAUUCAAUGAAUCCACAAGCUGGCUUCCACCUCUCCUGGCCCUUUCCCCGUUCGAAAUAUUAGCGGCGCAAUGAAUCACAAAUGGGCAGAAUUCUUCUUGCAAGGCUAAGGCUGUGAGCCGCACGUGAUUCCCUUAAGCAAUCAACCUGUUCGCGAUCCGCUGGACUUCAAGGAAUUCCAAUGCCACGAUGCCUGGGAAAUAGGACGACGAUUGCGUGAUGAUAUGUCGGGACUGCAUAGCAUCAUGGUGCUGGAAUUAGAGGUGAACGGUGUAGCCAACCUGGUGGUGAAAACAUUCUUUGGAAAAGAGUAUUUCGAGUCGAUCAAUCAACUAGACCCUUUUCUAGACGAGAGUCGAGCUUACGAGCACAUUCUACUCAAGCGCUCGUCCUCCAAAUCAACCUAUUUCCCAACAUAUCAUGGUGUGAUACUAAACUUGACACGGGAGAAAUACCCUAGAAGCUAUGUGCUGCGCCCUCGGGCCAUAGUGCUCGAAAGAGUCGAACCCAACAUACGCUGCCGACGUAUACUUGGAACGCCUCCGACUCGAGAAUAUCAUCUAUUCGAUGAUUUCGUAGCGAGAAUCGGGGAUCUGCCUCUCAGUGACUUCGAGAAGGAAUGGUACAUUUCGUUAGCCAUUGACCGGCUAGAACGUCUUGCAGCGUUGCAUGGCAUCGGAAUUCUUCGCCGUGACAUCGGUGACGAGCAUUUUCGUCUUCCCAAUGAUUUCUACGAUACCGUUCUCUAUGAUUUCUCUCACCCAUACAUCAUCAAUACGCCAUGGCCAUACGUCAAACGCCCCAAACCCCUGCUAGCACUGAUUCAACUCGAACAAGUCCAAGUUUUAAGCACUGUGCUCAGCCGAUAUACGCACAUACCAUGGCUGCGACACUGAAUCUAGAUCCAACAACGGUUCUGGACUUCUGCUCCCAAGAGCUCGAAGAUGCAAGGAGCAGUCUAAAGCCAAUUUCUCUCAAGAUCAGCCAUCGACAAGAUA